CUUAAACGGCAAGCCACUCGACCCGAGUGCACGCCCCAAAAUUGUAGCGUUGGCACCGAAAUCCGGAUCCUCCCCACCUAACGGCUACGGCCCGCCAAUUCGCCAUGCCUCUCGCCCUCCUCCUCUGCCUCCUCGCCUGCGGCGCAGCAGGCGCCGCCGCCACCGCGCGCCCGUGCGCGUCGCCUUAUUCCGGCAGCAGCGCCUACCCGUUCUGCGACGCGUCGCUCUCCAUCCCGGCCCGCGCGCGCGCGCUCGUCUCGCUGCUCACCCUGGACGAGAAGAUCGCGCAGCUGUCCAACACGGCGGGCGGGGUCCCGCGCCUGGGCAUCCCGCCCUACCAGUGGUGGUCCGAGUCGCUCCACGGCCUCGCCGACAACGGGCCCGGGGUCAACUUCUCCUCGGGCCCCGUCCGCGCCGCCACCACGUUCCCGCAGGUCAUCCUGUCCACCGCCGCCUUCAACCGCUCGCUGUGGCGCGCCGUCGCCGAGGCCGUUGCGACGGAGGCGCUCGGCAUGCACAACGCCGGCCAGGCCGGCCUCACGUACUGGGCGCCCAACAUCAACAUCUUCCGAGACCCGAGGUGGGGCCGUGGCCAGGAGACGUCCGGGGAGGACCCCGCUGUCGCCGCCGCGUACUCCCUCGAGUAUGUCAAGGGCUUCCAGGGGGAGCAAGGGGAGGAAGGCAGAAUCAGGCUCUCUGCGUGCUGCAAGCACUAUACAGCGUAUGACAUGGAGAAAUGGGAAGGAUUCUCGAGGUACACCUUCAAUGCCAAGGUAAAUGCACAAGAUUUGGAAGACACGUACCAGCCGCCUUUCAAGACCUGCAUCCAGGAGGCUCGUGCUAGCUGCUUGAUGUGUGCAUAUAACCAGGUCAAUGGCGUGCCUAUGUGUGCUAACAAAGAUCUUCUACAGAAGACCAGGGAUGAAUGGGGCUUCCAGGGGUAUAUUACAUCUGAUUGUGAUGCUGUGGCAAUUAUUCAUGAAAACCAGACAUACACUAAAUCAGAUGAAGAUUCGAUAGCAAUUGUUCUUAAGGCAGGAAUGGAUAUCAACUGUGGUUCUUUCCUAGUUCGGCAUACUAAGUCAGCAGUUGAGAAGGGAAAGGUUCAAGAACAAGAUAUCGACCGUGCCCUUUUUAAUCUAUUCUCUGUUCAAUUGCGUCUUGGAAUAUUUGAUAAGCCCAACAACAACCAAUGGUCCACUCAACUAGGGCCCAACAAUGUGUGCACGAAAGAGCAUAGAGAGCUUGCAGCAGAAGCUGUAAGGCAGGGUGCUGUCCUUCUGAAGAAUGACCAUAGUUUUUUGCCUCUGAAGAGAAGCGAAGUUAGACAUGUUGCCAUCAUUGGACCAUCUGCAAAUGAUGUGUAUGCGAUGGGUGGAGACUAUACAGGUUUCACAUCACUACCUCAAAUGAACAUUUUCUUAACUUACUAUUUUGCAUACAUUUUAACAUUAUAUUCACUUUAUUCAGGUGUAGCCUGCAACCCGACGACCUUCCUUAAGGGCAUUCAAGCCUAUGCUACACAAACAACCUUUGCCGCUGGAUGCAAGGAUGUUUCCUGUAACUCAACAGAAUUGUUUGGCGAAGCUAUUGCUGCAGCUAAAAGAGCCGAUAUUGUUGUUGUAGUUGCUGGCUUGAACCUGACAGAAGAGCGUGAAGACUUCGAUAGAGUGAGCCUUCUCCUUCCAGGCAAGCAGAUGAGCCUCAUACAUGCCGUUGCUAGUGUAGCGAAGAAGCCCCUUGUGUUGGUUCUCUUAGGUGGUGGUCCUGUUGAUGUUUCAUUUGCUAAGCAAGAUCCACGAAUUGCAAGCAUUCUUUGGCUCGGAUAUCCUGGUGAGGUUGGUGGACAGGUCCUUCCGGAAAUUCUUUUUGGAGAGUACAACCCAGGAGGAAAGCUGGCUAUGACUUGGUAUCCCGAAUCCUUUACUGCUAUUCCGAUGACUGAUAUGAACAUGAGAGCUGACCCUUCACGAGGCUACCCUGGGAGAACAUAUCGAUUUUACACUGGCGAUGUAGUGUAUGGUUUUGGAUACGGUUUAAGUUACUCCAAAUAUUCGUAUAGCAUCUUGUCGGCUCCAAAGAAGAUCACCAUGUCGCGUUCAUCAGUUUUGGACAUUAUUAGUAGAAAGCCUUCAUACAUAAGGAGGGAUGGACUAGACUUCGUGAAAACUGAAGAUAUUGCAUCAUGUGAAGCUCUGGCAUUCUCUGUUCAUGUCGCUGUUUCAAAUCAUGGUAGCAUGGAUGGGAGUCAUGCUGUUCUUCUGUUUGCGAGAUCGAAAUCAAGCGUUCCGGGCUUUCCUAUCAAACAGCUGGUUGGGUUCGAGCGUGUCCACACGGCGGCUGGCAGUGCAUCCAAUGUGGAGAUUAGCGUCGACCCUUGCAAGCAUAUGAGCGCAGCCAAUCCUGAAGGCAAAAGGGUACUGUUAUUGGGUGACCAUGUUCUGACGGUGGGUGAUGAAGAGUUCGAAUUAUUCAUUGAACUCUGACAGGGAUGUACCAAGCCUUACCAUUUACGGAUCUGAAAUUUGGAAUAAUCUGAUGAAUAAAACUUGUAAAGAAACACGCUGUAAAGAUUCAUCAUUGAACUGGAUGCAAGUACAGUAAACAUGCUGUAAAGAUUCAUCAUUGAGUUGGAUGAUAAUACAGUUGCAGCCAUUGCAG